CAGAGGGUCGGAAAGUCUCAUCAACCGGGCGAUGUAUUCAUUCUUUGGACUUUAUUUCUUCAUCCAAUCUAGAUGAAGGAGUUUAUUUUGUUGCUCCUCUUCUGUCAUGUUGCAUCUCCAGCGCUUCACGCCCUGAGGUAUUUCUACACGGCUUCAUCUGGAGUCCCAAACUUCCCAGAGUUUGUUGUUGUUGGUUUGGUUGAUGAUGUUCAGAUUGUUCACUAUGACAGCAACACACAAAGACUGGUGCCCAAACAGGACUGGAUGAAGGAGGUCAUAGCUGAUGAUCCUCAUUACUGGGAGAUGAGCUCUCAGAACGCUCAGGCCUCCCAGCAGAACUUCAAAGCCAGCAUUGGCAACUUGAAGAAACGCUUCAAUCAAACUGGAGGUGUUCACACCUACCAGAGGAUGUACAGCUGUGAAUGGCAUGAUGACACUGGAGAAGUGAAUGGUUUUGAUCGGCAUGGUUAUGAUGGAGAAGAUUUUAUAGUUUUUGACCUGAAGACUCUGACAUGGAUCGCUCCAAAACCACAGGCUGUCAUCACCAAACACAACUGGGACAGAGAUACAGUUCGAAAUGAGCGCUGGAAGAACUACCUCACCCAGGAGUGUAUUGAUUGGCUGAAGAAGUAUUUGGACUAUGGGAGGAGCACUCUGCUGAGAACAGAGCUUCCCUCGGUGUCUCUCCUCCAGAAGACUCCCUCCUCUCCAGUGACCUGCCACGCUUCAGGUUUCUACCCCAACAACACCAUGUUGUUCUGGAGGAGAGACGGAGAGGAGGUUCAUGAGGACGUGGAUCACGGAGAGAUCCUCCACAACCACGAUGGAACCUUCCAGAAGAGCGUUGACCUGGACGUUUCAUCAGUCAAAGCUGAAGACUGGGGGAGGUACAGCUGUGUGUUUCUGCUCUCUGGUGUCAAGGGGGACAUCGUCACCAAACUGGACCCAAAAGUGAUCAAGACCAACUGGGCUCCGACCAACUCGCCAAACUGAAAUUCAGAAACUGAAUCCGGAAGCCUGAUCGCCAAACGGACCACCGUGCACACAGUGAGUCGUUUACUGGUCCAAGAAAGAAAUACUGAUGAGGUUAAGUGUCUGCAACUUUAUUAUUUUUUUAUUAUUUUCCAGUUAUGUAAAUAUAUGUGUAGCAUUUUUCCAGUUUUACUGAUUGUAUUCUUUUUCUUAUAUCCCAAAACAAAACAAAUCAUUUUUUUGUUUGUUUUUUCCUUCUUUCAUAUUUGUUUUGAUCUAUUAUUUUGACUUUUCAGCAUAUAAGUUGCUGGAGUUGUCAGGUUGUUGACAGUAUUUCCUCUGUAUUCAUUUAGCAGCGGUAUAGCCACCACAGUGAGGAAAUCACCGUUGCAAGACAAAUGAUAAAUUUAAAUAGUUUGUAAUUCACUUUGACUAAUGUCUUACCAUAAAAAGUGUAUUCCAGAUGGUUUAGAAGUAUUGAUUGUGUUGUGAUUAAAAUAAACAUUUUUAGCCCUAGAACCUCAACCUGCAU